AGUGUCUUCCUCCUGGACCAGGGAGAGGGGGAGGGGGUGCGGACAGGACCCGCCUGCUGACGGUGACACCUCCUCGACAUCAUGUCCACUCCAGUCCUCAGCUCCCGGAGCUGCGCGGGAUCCCUCUUCCCGCUCAGCUGGGAGAUGCCCCGGGAGGGCGUCCCCCGGCUCCGGGCUGCGAGGGUAGCAGCCGACCCCGAUCCACUCCGGGGAUAGCCCGGGGCCGCGUGAAGGCAGGUGUUCCGGGGAGAAACGAGGAAGUAAGGCGCGGUCAGGGGCCGGCGGCGCUCGGCUGGGGGCCGCAGUUGGCUCCCCCGGGAACUCUGGGCAGGCGGCCUCUCCCGCUUGUGGGGAGGAGAAGGAGCCGGAUGGGCGGGUUCAGGCGCGCGCGGCGGCGGUCCCGGGGCCGCCAGCUCCUCCCCGCGAGGGUGCCUGUCCGCCGCUCGCCGCGCUGAGGCAGUGCGGGGCGGGCGCGCCUAGGCUGCCGCCCAGCGCCCUCACCGCGGCCAUGCCCGGGCCGUAGAGCGCCUGCCGCAGCCCGCGCCCCGCAGCCCCGCAGCCUCGCGCCCGCCGCCGCCUCUUCAAUGGGCAACCUGCUCGGCGGGGUCAGCUUCCGCGAGCCCACCACCGUGGAGGACUGCGACUCCACCUGGCAGACCGACUCGGAGCCCGAGCCCGAGGAGCCAGGGCCGGGCGGCGGCAGCGAGGGCCCGGGGCAGGAGCCCGAGCAGCCCGCGCAGCCCCCGGAGCGAGCCGGCGGGCGGUCCCACUCCAGCCCCGCGCCGGACGAGGACGCCGAGGCGGCGGGCGCCGAGCAGGGUGGUGAUUCCACUGAAGCAACUGCCAAACCAAAGAGAAGUUUUUAUGCUGCGAGGGAUUUGUACAAGUACCGACACCAGUACCCACAGAACUUCAAAGAUAUCCGAUAUCAAAAUGACUUGAGCAAUCUUCGUUUUUAUAAGAAUAAAAUUCCAUUCAAGCCAGAUGGUGUUUACAUUGAAGAAGUUCUAAAUAAAUGGAAAGGAGAUUAUGAAAAACUGGAGCACAACCACACUUACAUUCAAUGGCUUUUCCCCCUGAGAGAACAAGGCUUGAACUUCUAUGCUAAAGAACUAACUACGUAUGAAAUUGAGGAAUUCAAAAAAACAAAAGAAGCGAUUAGAAGAUUCCUCCUGGCUUAUAAAAUGAUGCUAGAAUUUUUUGGAAUAAAACUGACUGAUAAAACUGGAAAUGUUGCUCGGGCUGUUAACUGGCAGGAAAGAUUUCAGCACCUGAAUGAGUCCCAGCACAACUAUUUAAGAAUCACUCGUAUUCUUAAAAGCCUUGGUGAGCUUGGAUAUGAAAGUUUUAAAUCUCCGCUUGUAAAAUUUAUUCUUCAUGAAGCUCUUGUGGAGAAUACUAUUCCCAAUAUUAAGCAGAGUGCUCUAGAGUAUUUUGUUUAUACAAUUAGAGACAGAAGAGAAAGGAGAAAGCUCCUGCGGUUCGCCCAGAAACACUACACGCCUUCAGAGAACUUUAUCUGGGGACCGCCUCGAAAAGAACAGUCGGAGGGAAGCAAAGCCCAGAAAAUGUCUUCCCCUCUCGCCUCCAGUCAUAACAGUCAAACUUCUAUGCACAAAAAAGCCAAGGACUCCAAAAAUUCCUCCUCAGCUGUUCAUUUAAAUAGCAAAACAGCUGAAGAAAAAAAAGUGGCACCAAAAGAGCCUGUGGAAGAGACAGACAGGCCCAGCCCAGAGCCCAGCAAUGAAGCUGCCAAGCCAAGAAAUACAGAGAAGGACAGUAAUGCUGAGAAUGUGAAUUCUCAAUCCGAGAAAACAGGUACUAAUCCCACAGAAAAAAAGGAGAGUGUAUCUCCCGAAAAUAAUGAAGACGGUGAAAAUCAUAACCAAGACAGUGAAAAUCCUGGAAAUACAAAUUGCCAUGAUGUUGUACUAGCACAGUGAAUUAUCAGAAAACCCAUAGGCCAGUUUAGGUUAGAGAGGAAAAAACUACUGUAUCAUUUAUCCUAAAGAACAGAGACGAGGUCAAUUUCAAAUUUUAGCCAUCUGUUUGUGAUUUCUGUCAUAAGCAUUUUGUUGUUUGUUUUUUUAUUUUGGAUGACAAUGAAGUGAAUAACUAAUAAGGAGAUUUAAGAUAAGACCCCAUAAAUGAAUGUAUUCUGCAAUGCUUUUAGGAUGUGAAUUUUCAAAUUUUGUGUAUAAUAAUUACUUUGAAAAUAUUUGCAGAGUAUCUAGAAAUUACCAUGUAGUAUUUGGUAUGCAAAAUACAUUCUUUUGAGACAUUAUAGUCUACAUGAAGGAAAUAAAGAGGAUAAUUUCAUUGGAUUGCUAUACCUUUACCUGAUUUAUGGAUUUAUUUUACUUUAUUUUAUUUUAUUUUAUUUUGAGACGGAGUCUCGCUCUGUUGCCCAGGCUGGAGUGCAGUGGCAUGAUCUUGGCUCACUGCAACCUCUGCUUCCUGGGUUCAAACGAUUCUCUUGCCUCAGCCUCCUAAGUAGCUGGGAUUACAGGUAUGUGGUACCACGCCCGGCUAAUUUUUGUAUUUUUAAGUAGAGAUGGGGUUUCACCAUGUUGGUCAGGCUGGUCUCGAACUCCUGACCUUGUGAUCUGCCCGCCUCAGCCUCCACAGGCAUGAGCCACCACGCCCGGCUGAUUUUUUUUUUUUUUUUUACUGUAAGUGUUUGAUCUUUUCCAAUGUAUUCAGAAACUAAUUUGGAUUCUUUGAUUCCAGUACCUCAACCUCAACGUGUUUAUUUGUAGAUUCUGGUAAGUGAAAUGGAUGUCCUUGUGGAACUGUGACCUCCCCAGCUUAUCUGUCAGUCCUGCUGUCCUCACCUCCUUGCCUCUUUCCAUGCCCUUAAGCCACCAUGUUUCUCAGCUAGCAUGUGUGUUUCUAGUGUAGUUGGCCCUCCAUAUUCAGUGGUCCAGCGUCUGUGGAUUCAACCAACCGCAGAUUGAAAAUGUUUGUUGGAAAAAAUGGAUGGUUACAUCUCUACUAAAUAUGUGCAGUCCUUUUAUUUGUCAUUAUUCCCUAAACAAUACAGUAUAACAACUAUUGACAUAGCAUUUAUAUUGUAUGUAUUAGGUAUUGUAAGUAAUCUAGAGAUGAUUUAAAGUAUUUUACAUAAGGGACAUGAGCAUUUCUAGAUUUUGGUAACUGCAGAGGGUCCUGGAACCAACCCCCUACAGAUAUCAAGGGACCACUGUGUACAUUAGGAUGAUCUAUAUUGAAAUCUACAUGGAACAGAGUGGGACUUCUAAUUGUAUGACUUCAAGAUUUUGCUUUGUUUAAAUUAAUAACACUGUUUUCAGUAUUAAGUGCUUAAAAACACAUGUUGAUUGAAAAGUUCAAGAUAAGAACUUUGCUCUCUGUGGCUGUUCCAUAUAAAUUUGAUGGUUGAUUCUGAAUGUAAAUGACUGAAUAAUUAAAAAAUAAGAAAUUAUUCAUUUUUAAAAGGCAUGCCUCUUGCACUGUGAACAGGACAGUAGUCCCUUAAACCAUGAAUAUGUCAGUGUUCUGUGGAUUAUGAAAUUAGUAAUGUUGUUUAGCCCAAAUGUGUCUUUUUAAAAAAGUAUAGUUUUGUGCAUCUCUAAGUUAUCAAACUUCAAAAUUGAGAACAAAUUUAAAAGUUCAUAUAUGCAACUCUAGUAAGCACUUAUUAUGUUACAUAGCACUGGUUAAGAACAGUUUUGUUUUCUAUAUUAUUACUAAUUAUUAUUAUAAAUCAAAAGACACUGUGAUAAGAACUUCAAAGCAUACAUACAAAUAUGGUUAAAGCAAUGAAUAGAUGAAACAUUUAUACUUUAUUUCAUUUAGGAAUGAAUUAACUUUUUUGUUAGGCUUUUAAGAAAAGUUCUAUUCAUUUUAUUCCCCCAGGGAAUUUGUAAUAUGUCCUACUUCAUAUCACAUGUCAUCUUCUGUUGCCUCUAUUGAUCUACAUUUUCUGCAAUGGAUAUCUUGAAAAUAAUCACACUUACAGUAUGCCUCUAGAAAUAUGAUUUUACUGCUUUGAAGUUUACAUGAAACAUGCCAGUUGCUUACCUCUAAUUUUUUAUAUGAAUCUCAGUAGCACCUUUGUUGUACGUUCUAUUCCAAUAAGUAUAGUAUGGAACACUUUCUCAUUUUUAGUUCCCAUAAUAUGCCAGUUUUUGUUUUCCUAGUGUUCUGUGAGUAUUAGGAUUUGGCAGUCAGCUUUUGCAUUUCAAUUUCUAUUUUACAUGCAAGAAAAACAUGGACACUCUUAUGUGGUGCUUGUAGCUAUGUUUCCAUAGAGCUCAGUAAAUAGUUCUACAGGGUUUAGAGGAUGAGAAGCGAUUGUCAAAUUAGGCUGAAUUGUAGAAACACAAUUUAAUUCAAAAUAACUUACCAAUUUUAUAUAUAUGAUAAAGUGUUCAGACCACUUUCUAAAUGCAUAAUAUUAAAAUACUGUGACCAGAUAUUAUGAUAUUAAUAAAGUUACCAGAUACUAAAAUCAAUGAAUAUAAUCUGAAUUACUUAGAAAUUAUAGUAUAUUAGAGCCCUUAUGAGUAAAAACAUUUCAUUUAGCAAUUUAAUUUUUAGAAUACUAUUCCUACUUAGGGAUUUUGAUUAGAUUGUACCAUUAAAUUUGAGAAUAUUUAGUCUCAAGGGGAAAACUUCCUGGCAUCCAUCUUAAAUAGUGGCCUUUUCCCACUAUGGUGUUUUUAAAUGCAUAUUCACAUAGAAUAGUAUGUUUCUUACAUUUAAUCCCUAAAUAACUUAGAUAAUCAUUCAGUGGAGAACAAGUAAAAGGAUAUCAUUCCUUUUGGAGAAAAACAUUGAGUGUCUAGAAUUUUUUCUAUUAAUGCUUUGUAUAUUAGUUUUUUAAAUAAGAUCUAUAGAUAUGUAUUUAUGUGUGUCUUAUAUAUGAAACAGUUCUCUGGGUUUGACUCCUAUGUUUUGUAUUUUUUAAAACUACGACAUGCUUGCAGAAAUUCAUUGAGAAGUUGUUACAAAAAAUGCAGUGAAGCAUGACCAAAUAGCUAAAAAUAUUACUAGAUCUUUACAAAUCUAUAGUCUUUAUUGUUGUUGUACUGUGGAGUACAAGGAUACUAAAUAUUGGCUAUUGAUAAAAUACUAACUUGCAUUUCAUGGCAAAUAGAUGUUAUAUCACUUGAUUAGUCUAGAACAUUUCUAAUAUUUUGUGCUUUCAUAUAUCAAAGGAGAUUAUGUGAAACUAUUUUGAAAUACUGUAAAGUGACAUAUAGUUAUAAGAUAUAUUUCUGUACAGUAGAGAAAGAGUUUAUAACAUGAGUUUAUAAUUGUACCAUUAUACAUUUUCAUGCUCGAUCUCAUGAGAAAUUCAAAAGAUUAAUGAUAGAGUUGAAAAUAUGUUUACUUUCUCUAAAUCAAGUCUGGUUGUCAACUCAAAAAUUAUGUUGUAUAGUUUUAUUUUGAAUUUAGGUUUUGGGACUACUUUUUUUCCAGCGUCAAUGAGAAAAUAAAAUCUAUAACUCAGGAGUUACUAGAGAAGUUCUAAGUAUUUUUUUGCUAAGUAUUAAAAAUAUAAACAUAUGAAAAUGCCAUAAUGCCUGUCAUAGUCAUUGUUUCAUAUUUUGUCAUAUAAAAUUACCUAUCCUGCUUCUAGCUUUUAUACUUUAAUCUGAGUGAAAGUAUGAUGUGGUGGAAAGGAAAAACAGUACAGUGUUACAUCUGAGUUAGUCUUUGAAAAAUCAGAGUAGUAAAUGAACCUCAACAUUGAGUGGUCAAAAAUUGGUUUAACCAAGUCAGGGGAGAAUAUUUGGGUAAUUGUUUGAAUAUUACAUUUUCAAGUUUAUAAUAGAGUUAUGGCUGAGUAUUCAUCCAUACUGAGUAAUCAAGCAUUUUUAAAACUAUAAUUGAGGCUCUUCUAAAGCUUUGUUUUCUAAUCUAAGAUAUAAAGGAUAUUCUUGAUCUUGCUUGAUUGUAACUACAUCUACACGUCUUUAAUGUCUGUUUGGGGUGAGUGGCGAUCCUCUGUUGUAGGAAUGUUUUUGAAGAUUUCUAUUUUGUUUUCCACUUAGGAAAUUCCCCUCUCUCAUUUGGGGUAUAUGUGUUGAGUAUAAGGUAGACUGUAUUUAGACACGCUAGAAUCAUUAAAUGUAGGUGAAGUUGUAGAGAAAAAUGGCCUGGGUCAAUGUAGGAUCUAGAAAAUUAGGAGUGUACAUUUGCUGGCUUCUCUUUUAGUUUUGUACUGUUUAUUACGGGAAAAGAUUUGUGUGGGUAAUCUCUUGGGUGACAGUGAGUACUAGUUAUCCAACCCACCCAGCAGAUUGUGUUCAGGGACAGAAUGUGUUUUUAGAUAUCCCUUACUAUUGAAAUUAAUAGUAAUAUAGCUAUAAAUACAACUGUCUGGAGGUAUCCAGAUAUGCCUUAACAAAUGUAAAUGGUAUUCAUUCAGAAGUUUACAUUUUUACUCCAUUAUAAAAUCUCAUCAUUGGGAACUUUCUAAACCAUGAAUAUCAGUUCUUUUAAUGAAAUUUAGUUGGUGCUUUAUCAUUUUGGAGAAGUUGCUGUUUGGGAUGAUAGCAUCGGUUCAUAAAGAAGUGUCCUCAUCAUGAUAUUCAACAAUGUGUUAUAUUUGACAAAAAGUGUUUAGAGUAAGAAAGACUAACUAUACUGUCUGUUACAUUUAUUUAUGCUUUUGGUAGUUUAGCUACAUAGCCCAAUUUUCAUUUUAAACAUUCCUUAGUUACUAAAGUAAUAUUUAUGUUUUGCUUCUUCUUAGAUGUAGACAGAUGCAGAAAUAGAAUUAUAUUAGAGAAAUUAUUAAAAGUUUAAUUCCAGUAGGCAGUUGGAGAAAUCUGAAACUAAUUUGAAAAACUUUUAUGUUGUAGUCUCAUUAGAAUCAUGUAAAAAGCACUGUUUUUGCAUUUUUCCUAGAUUACAGAGAGUGUUCUUUGUCAUUUUUUUUUCUUAUUCUGUUUUGAAGUUUAUUGUUUCAGUUAUUUGAGGGAAAUAACCUCUUAAUAUGUUUAUUUUCCUGAAUUAAAGUUUUCAUGUAGAGAAUACAAUGAAAUGUUUUGUGUUAUGACCCAAACUGGCUGGAAGUAGAGUUCAGAGAGGGAGAAGGGACAAGAAUCAGUGUGGGUGUCUCAGGAAAGUGAUGCCAGUGCUGGGCUCCACCCUUCUCCACUGGCAGGAUGGGUCCUCAGAUUCUGCCCUGGAUAAUGAGGGUGUUGGGCACUGUGAGCUCUGACUUCUGGGGAAGAUGGGCCAUCAUGGACUCCAUACACAAUUUUGGUGGAUAUCAGUUCUCAUAAAAUACCUGCUAUAAUUUAUUUUGUAGUUAUUUAGAAAAUUGUGAGCAGUUGGGCACUAGUAAAUUGUAGUCAUAUCUUAACGAUCUUGGGAAACAUUGAAAUAUGAGUUUUUUCCGUCACCCUUAUUUAUUUAAUUUAAAAAAUGAGGGAAGUUGUUCAUUCAUAGGUGUAUAUUAAUAUAAAAUCUUAUAAAAUGAUUCAGAGAAAAGGCAGUAAUGGUCACUUACUGUGCUAAAAUACCUUUUUUUCUAAAAAUAUUUAAGCUUUAGGGUUUGUCAUAGUUUUACUUUUUAAAUUAUAGUUUGUGUAACAAUUUACAUUAACUAGAGAAAUUAGAUAGAUAAUAAGUUUUGGUACUAAGAAACAUUUACGUUCUGCACUCAUUAGUCAAAUGAACAUUUUUUUCCAGUGCUAACAGAUUUUGUUUCAUGUGAAGAAAAAUAAAACACAAAUGAAAUAAAAGUCUAGAAACAGCAACAGGAAACUCACUACAGAAAUAAAGACAUAACCCUUGAUAAGUUUGUGUAAGUGCCAGAAUUAUUGGAAGCAGGUGACGAAUGAUUAAGAAAAGCUUUAUUGUGGGGACAUGCUUUAAGAAUCAGCUCUGUAUUUGUGCCAAGGAGAUCAGGUAUUGGUGUACAAACAGAUCCCAUUAAUACUCUAAUUUGAACCAUGAAUUCCACCUACUCUGCUUUGAAGCCCUCCAGUAGACUGAUAGAUGUAAUUAAAUGAUCAGCUCCAAGUUUAAUUCCUUUGCCUGUGUGUAGCAACAGUUGGUAAUUUUACAAGUUAAAUUGAUGGACUGGCUGCAGAUAAGAGAAAGACUAGUGGUAGGUGGUUUGUGAGUGAAGUAACUCCCACACUGUCAAGAGUUGACAGCGUAUUGUGUGGCAUUAUAAUUGUGAGAAACAAAUGAGAGCAAAAUGUUAGGUUCUUUGACAAGCAUUUUCCUCCUGUUUUUAAAAAGGGCUUUAAGUUGUUUCCUAAGUAAGGUAAUCUUUCUUUUUUAGUAUUAUCUAAGAAGAAGGACGGCAGAUUAUGUCAUUUUGGAAACUAUUAUGUCUCUUGUGUUUUAAAUAUUUCAGGAAAAUGGCUACGAUUGUUACAUAGACGUGUGUUUUACUUAUAAGCUCUGAUUCUCCAGUGGCCACUGGGCCUUCUCUGUGCUCUGUAUUCAACUGCAGUAUGAAUUACAGAAUGCCAUGCAUGUUUGUUAGUACCAAUACCAUGUGUAUGUGGUAGAAGUUGUAACCAGUUUCUGGAUCUGUAUGGUACUAUAAAAUACUUAUUUUAUAAUUCUGUAACCGUAUGGCAGUGUUAUGCCAAAAAUGUAUAAAGAGCAAUAGUUUCUGUUGCUUACUGCUGUAUUUUAAAAUAUUGUUUCUAAAAUAAUAGAGUUAGAGUUCCUUUUGAGUAAUUAUUUUUAAUAACUAUUGCCAAAUAUACAUCCUGUAAAACGAAUAAAAGCCACUACAUCUUAGUUAACAUUUUAGCAUUGUGCUAGAGUACAUUAUGGUGAUUUUGCACGAUUAAAAUAUUUUUAAAGAACUAGAAAAAGUGACUUGCUGUUUUCCUGUCAUUAAACAUGUAUUUUUUAUGAUUGACA